AUGGAGCCUGGCGCCGGCCCACACCCGCUGCGCCCAUUCGCCUGCCUCAUGCCCCUCUGCCUGGCGGUGCUUUGGGGACCCGGGCGACCUGGGACUGCCGAGGAAGUUGUCCUCCUGGAUUCCAAAGCCUCCCAGGCUGAGCUGGGCUGGACUGCACUGCCAAGUAAUGGGUGGGAGGAGAUCAGCGGUGUGGACGAAUACGACCGUCCCAUCCGCACAUACCAAGUGUGCAACGUGCUGGAGCCCAACCAGGACAACUGGCUGCAGACGGGCUGGAUCAGCCGCGGCCGCGGGCAGCGCAUCUUCGUGGAGAUGCAGUUCACGCUGCGCGACUGCAGUAGCAUCCCCGGAGCCGCGGGCACUUGCAAGGAGACCUUCAACGUCUACUACCUGGAAACCGAGGCCGACCUGGGCCGGGGGCGACCCCGCCUCGGGGGCAACCGGCCUCGAAAGAUUGACACGAUCGCCGCGGACGAGAGCUUCACGCAGGGUGACCUGGGUGAACGCAAGAUGAAACUCAACACCGAGGUGCGGGAGAUCGGCCCGCUCAGCCGGCGGGGCUUCCACCUGGCCUUCCAGGACGUGGGCGCGUGCGUGGCUCUGGUCUCCGUGCGCGUCUACUACAAGCAGUGCCGCGCCACCGUGCGGGGCCUGGCGGCCUUCCCGGCCACGGCGGCGGAGAGCGCCUUCUCCACGUUGGUGGAAGUGGCCGGAACGUGCGUGGCGCACUCCGAGGGGGAGUCCGGCAGCCCCCCGCGCAUGCACUGCGGCGCCGACGGCGAGUGGCUGGUGCCCGUGGGCCGCUGCAGCUGCAGCGCAGGAUUCCAGGAGCGCGGAGACACCUGCGAAGCCUGCCCCCCAGGGUUUUACAAGGUGUCCCCACGGAGGCCUCUCUGCUCACCCUGCCCGGAGCACAGCCGCGCCCUGGAAAAUGCCUCCACCUUCUGCGUGUGCCAGGACAGCUACGCGCGCUCGCCCACCGACCCGCCCACGGCCUCCUGCACCCGGCCCCCGUCGGCGCCGCGGGACCUGCAGUACAGCCUGAGCCGCUCGCCGCUGGCGCUGCGGCUGCGCUGGCUGCCGCCGGCCGACUCGGGCGGCCGCUCGGACGUCACCUACUCGCUGCUGUGCCUGCACUGCGGCCGCGAGGGCCCGGCCAGCGCCUGCGAGCCGUGCGGGCCGCGCGUGGCCUUCGUGCCGCGCCAGGCCGGGCUGCAGGAGCGCGCCGCCACGCUGCUGCACCUGCGGCCCGGAGCGCGCUACACCGUGCGCGUCACCGCGCUCAACGGCGUCUCGGGCCCCGCGGCCGCCGCGGGAGCCACCUACGCGCAGGUCACCGUCUCCACCGGGCCCGGGGCGCCCUGGGAGGAGGAUGAAAUACGCAGGGAGCGAGUGGAGCCCCAGAGCGUGUCCCUGUCGUGGCGGGAGCCGGUCCCCGCUGGACCCUCCCGGGUGAAUGGCACCGAGUAUGAGAUCCGGUACUAUGAGAAGGGUCGGAGUGAACAGACUUACUCCAUGGUGAAGACAGGGGCACCAGCCGUCACCGUCACCAACCUGAAGCCUGCAACCCGCUACGUCUUCCAGAUCCGGGCAGCGUCCUUGGGGCCCUCGUGGGAGGCACAGGGCUUCAGCCCCAGCAUUGAAGUGCAGACCCCAGGGGAAGCCACCUCAGGGUCCAGGGAUCAGAGCCCUGCGGUCGUCGUCACGGUGGUGACCAUCUCAGCCCUCCUUGUCCUGGGCUCCGUCAUGAGUGUGCUGGCCAUUUGGAGGAGACCCUGCAGCUAUGGCAAAGGAGGUGGGGAUGCCCACGAUGAAGAGGAGCUGUACUUCCACUUCAAAGUCCCCACGCGUCGCACGUUCCUGGAUCCCCAGAACUGUGGGGACCCACUGCAGGCUGUGCAUCUCUUCGCCAAAGAGCUGGAUCUGAAAAGCGUCAUGCUGGAGAGGAGCCUGGGAGCAGGGCGCUUUGGAGACCUGUGCUGUGGCUGCCUGCAGCUGCCGGGCCGCCAGGAACUGCCUGUGGCGGUGCACACGCUGAGGGAUGGCUGCUCUGACUCGCAGAGGCUCAGCUUCCUGGCAGAGGCCCUCACCCUGGGCCAGUUUGACCACAGCCACAUCGUGCGGCUAGAAGGCGUUGUCACUCGAGGAAGCCCCUUGAUGAUUGUCACGGAGUACAUGAGCCACGGGGCCCUGGAUGGCUUCCUCAGGCAUCACGAGGGCCAGCUGUUGGCUGCGCAGCUGAUGGGGUUGCUGCCUGGGCUGGCGUCAGCCAUGAAGUACCUGUCGGAGAUGGGCUAUGUUCACCGGGGCCUGGCGGCCCGCCGCGUGCUGGUUGGCAGUGGCCUCAUCUGUAAGAUCUCUGGCUUUGGGAGGGGUCCCCGGGACCGAGCAGAGGCUGUCUACACCACCAUGAGUGGCCGGAGCCCUGCCCUUUGGGCCGCCCCUGAGACGCUCCAGUUUGGCCACUUCAGCUCUGCCAGUGACGUGUGGAGCUUUGGUGUUGUCAUGUGGGAGGUGAUGGCCUUUGGGGAGCGGCCCUACUGGGACAUGUCUGGCCAAGACGUGAUCAAGGCUGUGGAGGAUGGCUUCCGGCUGCCGCCCCCCAGGAACUGCCCCUCCCCCCUGCACCGACUCAUGCUUGACUGCUGGCAGAAGGACCCAGGUGAGCGGCCCAGGUUUUCCCAGAUCCACAGCAUCCUGAGCAAGAUGGGGCAAGACCCAGAUCCCGCGAAGGGUGUCACGACCACCUCUCCCAGGCCUCCCACCCCUCUGGCAGACCGUGCCUUCUCCACCUUCCCUUCCUUUGGCUCUGUGGGCGCCUGGCUGGAGGCUCUGGACCUGGGCCGCUACAAGGACAGCUUUGCUGCUGCUGGCUAUGGGAGCCUGGAGGCUGUGGCUGAGAUGACUGCCCAGGACCUGGUGAGCCUGGGCAUCUCUUCAGCGGAACAUCGAGAGGCCCUUCUGAGCGGGAUCAGCGCCCUGCAGGCUCGAGUGCUGCAACUGCAGGGACAGGGGGUGCAGGUGUGAGGUCUCCCCCUCACUCUUCUACGGCAGGCUUCAGCCCUGCCCGACAACCCUGCAGCUGUUCUCCACCUCCGGGGAGGGGGAGGGGGAGGGCUUGCUCCCUCCUCUUGGGCUCUGAUUUGGGGUCGUAAGGUCUCCUCAUUUCAUUUUCCCCUCUGAACACCUGGCUGACCUGGUACCCCUGGAAGAGAUCCAGUCCCUGGAGAGACUCCCAAGAUCAUAGCAGAAGGAAAUCCAGGGUCUCAGGGACAUAGCUGAGCAAUGACAGGGAGAGAAGACAGAUUUCAACCACCUUGGCUCAUGCCCAUCUGUCUUCUACACCCACUGUCCUCCUGGAUGGAUGUUCCCUUUGCUCUCAGAUCCAUUGGCAGCCAGAUGACAGGGGUCCCUGAGGGACAUCCAUGUGACCUGGCAGCGAUUGUAGCUGCCUGGUAGCCCAGGUAUGGGAGGCCGGGCCAGGGGAACAGGGUCUCUAGGCGCAGGCCCCCCGUGCCUUGGCUGGGGUCUGUCUGGACUAAUAAUACUAAGGCCCCAGCAGGAAAAUGUUCUGGGCUCAAGGGCUAGACUUCAGGUCUGAGACUCAGGAGCUCCCGCUGACAGUUCAGAAUGAAGGCUGGGAUCCUGAGUGGGCACAAAACCCUGGUGCUCCCCUAGGGCCCCGUGGGGAGUGAACUCACACAGAAGAGCAUGAGAGGCUGUGCCUUCCCUAUGGGGACACGAGAGCCUUGCUUUCCAGCCUGGGGGCUGAAAAAAGCACACUCAGCUCUCUCUCUUAACAGGCUGUCUAGCUCCUGCUCCCCACACUGCCCAAGUACCCUGGAGAAAACAGAGCCCAUGGAGCUCACAGCCAAAGCUGGGCUCAACCCCAGUCUAGGGAGGAGGCGGGCUAUGGAGAGUCUUUGUGGUACCCACAGUCUUUCCUGGGGCAGCCCAGUGGGUGAUCUAGAGGUGACCAGCUCUGUCCCCGGGUACCCGGCAGCCUUGGGGCUUUCCUCCCUCGGCUUCUGCAGAGCCGUGGCAGGAAGUCAUGCUGGACUGGCUCUAUAAGCAUCUGUCUGGAAGGGCCCUGGCAGUGGUGCUCUCAAGGCCAGGGCUUUAGUAGGAGGGCCGGCAGGUGGCUGGAUCUAAACAGGGACACAGGAGCCAGAUUCGUUCAUGACAUGCGUGACAAGGUCUGCUGUAGUUUGGCUGUGUGGGAUGAAAAACCCACCACGAGAGGGCUCACACUCAAUGGGGAACUGAGCUCAAGUACCAAGUACUAAAUGGUGCCCUCCUGCCCACGCCCUGGGCCAUCCAGGACCACUCAGAGGCAGCUGGACACUUGCCGUGUGAGGAAUCCAGGGAUAUCCUGAGAGGCUUCUUAGCUGAAGCAUCAAUACACAUAGGGUCUUGAGAUGAGGGUUAUUUGGCGUGGGUGGUUUUCAGCAGGCCAAGGGAGGCAGCACAGGACAAGAGGAGUCCCAGCAGGUGCUAACUAGAAAAGAACCCAGGGGUUGGACGGUGCAGCACAUCUUUGGGGAGCACCCCAUAGUGGGGAUGACUCCCAGCUGUGCCUUUGGCCGCACCCUGACAGCAGUGGCUCCUCCCUUCUAGGAGUCUCCUCUACUUCUGGCUCUUCACUCCGCUGAGCAUCUGCCUCAGCUCAGUAACUUUAGGGGUACUGGGAUAUCAUGUUCACCUUUGACAGUGCCCUCCCGGCUUUUCCUUCAGCAACCCUCCUUUCCCCCGUCCCCACCAGGGGUGCCUGGACCAGCAUCCAGGGCUCCUAGGGACCAGUGUCCUGUCCUGGGUGGUGGGAACUACAUCCCCAUCUCCACCCUCAUUGGUCAUUCUCUUAAGGUCAAAGCCCUCCCCUCCUCCAGCUGUUGUAUGUGGGGGGGGGUGUGGGUGGCUGUGUGGGCAGAACAUCGGUGUUCAGGGUAGGUCUCUCCUCCAAUGAGGAGUGGGGCCCCAGCCCAGCCCGGCACCAGCGGGAGGCAGGGUAAUGGGUCUCCAAGAGCCCUUCACAAAUCUAUUUUUAUAUGGAACAUGUUCAUUGGACCAGAGGUAGCCUGCAACCCCCAGCAUGGCCCAUCUGAGCCCACCCAGGGAGGGAGGGAGCUGGUGGGGGAGGUGGGUCCUUUGAGUCAUUCGGGAGUUGUUUUUCUAUUUCUUGGUUCUAUA